AUGACUGGUCUCCAAAUUUUUUUAUUAUGUCUAUUGAUUUUAUUAGAAAUUUCGAAAACUCCUAGGAAAAAACAAGGACAAAAUGAAUGUAUGACUCGAUUUUUAAUGUGGUAUGAUAGAGAUUCUGCAGAACAAUUAUUCGAAAAAUUACCAAUUUUCGUGAAUCAAUGUGCUUAUCUAGAUAUUCGACCGAAUUUCGAGAGAAUUUCUGAUGAUUUUGGAAAACAUUUUGAUUUUUGGAAUCGUGGAAAAUCAGAAUGUAAUAUAGUUUUCGCAAGUAGAAAUUCAAGUGAUUCAAGUUUAGAGGAAAAUGUAAAGGUAUGAAAUAUUUUGAAUCAGAAAUGUUAUAAUUUUGGUCAGUCCAACAUUUAAAAAAACUGAGAUUUUUGUAUUUUGAUCAACAAUUUUUCGAUAAAAGGAAUAAUUCAAUUUAUUUCAAAAAACGUAUGUAAAAAAAGAAAAAUGACAAUUUUUUCAGGAAAAAAUUGAUAAUUGCCACGUUGUGAAAAUCAAUCCGAUAAAUGUUGGAAAUUCGAAACUAAUUGAAAUAAUUCCUUUAAAUUUGGUACUCGAAGCUGAAAAUGAGCUCGGUAAUAUUUUUUAUUUUUUAUUGAAUUUUUUUUUCGGGUUUUUCAGAUCACGGUUCAAUUGAUAUCCAAACAUUGACUAGUAUUAUAUUGAAAAGAAAUUAUAUCGGUUUGUCUGAAAUUGAAAUUGAAAUGUUUUUUGUUUGAAUAUUUUUCAGAAGCUCUUCACAUUGAUGAAUCUAUUGCUUACAUUGAUUUCUGGAAAUAUUUCAGAGGAAUAGAUUUUUCGGAACAUUUUCCAGUUUGUCAAAUCACCGUAACCCUUCCUCAUCCAAAAACUCGCAAUGAUCUUACAGAUUUUUGGAAUUUUGUUGCAAUUUUUCUGAUUGAUUUGAGGUAAGUGAACUUACUCAAUCUAUCAAUUUCAACGCUAAUUUUUCAGAGUGAAAUUAGUCUCAUCUCAAAAAAUAUCCAGGGAUCUGAUAACUGUUCAAUUUUACAAUUGGCGACAUCGAAACUGUUAUAUUUGA